GCACGUGGUGCAGAAAUCCAGGUGGUUAAUCGUCUGGGCUACACCGUGGACUCAGUGAAUUGGGCCGAUGUGAUCUUCACUGCGGGCGGCGAUGGCACAUUUCUGUUGGGCGCGCACAAAAUCCGAAACCGGGACAAACUGAUCGUUGGUUUGAACACGGAUCCGGACUUGUAA